UUUCCCAUCUCCAACCCAGUUACUAACAUCAUGCUCGCCUCCACUCUGCUGCUCCUCUGGGGCACCGCUGGGGCUGCCUUGGCCUCCCCCCACCCGUUGGCCGAGUCCCAAGUAGUCUUCGCCCCGUCUCCCGAGGCCCCCAAUGCACCCAAUGCAUAUGGUCAACACCAUGUGGACGAGGCCAUUCUCUCCGCCCUGAACACCCACUCCGACCCUGUUGCGGCGCUGGUGUCUCUGCGUCCUGAAGCCGCCGCGUUCCUGGCCGAGCCCCGUCUGCUGCACGUCCGGGGCGAAGAAAAGGCCGAAUGGAUGACCGAGGGCGACAAGAUUCGCCUCCGCCGUCGCGGCCAGAAGUUUAUCGACAUUACUGACCACCAUGAGUUUUAUGCCGAGCAGGCAACAACUGCUUCCGCCGGUAACCCAAACCUCCCCGAUUUGGCCCACAAACGCCUCGUCAAGCCGCUGUUCGCCCACGUCGAGACACAGCGAAUGUACAAUGUCCUCCAGCACAUGACCUCGUACUACAACCGCUACUACGGUGACUUUCACGGCGAGAAGAGCUCCGAAUGGCUUCAUGACCACAUUGCCGAGAUCAUCGCCAAAUCGCCAUUCCGCACCCACAUCUCCCUCGAAUACUUUACUCACCCCUUCCGCCAAUCCUCCAUUAUUGCACGCUUUGAACCCAAAGUCCGCAACUUCUCCUUGCCCCUGACCAUCAUUGGCGCCCACCAAGACUCCGCCAACUACCUCUUCCCGCUGCUCCCCGCCCCUGGUGCGGACGAUGACUGCUCUGGCACCGUCAGCAUUCUUGAGGCGUUCCGCAUCCUCGCUGAGAACGGGUAUACGCCCAAGUACGGCCCCGUCGAGUUCCACUGGUACGCGGCCGAGGAGGGCGGACUCCUGGGCAGCCAGGCCAUAGCGCGGUAUAAGAAGGAGCAGGGCGCGAAGAUUGGUGCGAUGAUGGAGUUUGACAUGACAGCGUUCAUUGCCCGCAACGCUACCGAGACGAUCGGUUUUGUCGCGACACAGGCCGACGCCGCUCUCACGAACUGGACCGUGAACCUGAGCCGGGAAUACAUUUCCAUUCCGGCGGAAGUAUAUGAGCUAGGACCCAAUGCGGGUUCGGACUACAUGUCCUAUACGCAACUCAACUAUCCCUCUGCAUUUGCCUCCGAGGGGAACCCGCUCGCCGGAGGAGACUUUCCUGGAGAAUUCGAUCCAUACGUCCACGGCGUGAACGACACCAUGUACAUUGACGAUGAGACGGGAGUUUUCUCUCUUGAUCACAUGGCUAGAUUUUCCGAAUUAGCCAUCGCCUUUGCCGUAGAGCAGGCCGGAUGGGAUAAUAGCUGGAGGUAGUAAUAGGCUUGACUGCGUCUACGCGUAUAAGUAUAUUUCUUUCUGGAAAUAUCCGUCUUAGUGUCUUUUGGAUUUCUUGUCGCGCUAGGCAGAUACCAGUACCGUUGUACAACCACCUAGGAAGAUAGAUAAUAUUUACAUAGGAAGAUUCCUGCGUUCCGUAGGAGUACUCCUGCAGGAACCGAUUGUAGAUCACCUGCCAUGCAUUAUAUAAAGAACCAGGGACCUGCUUCAUCCAUCCAUUC